AUGCCUCUUCUCCUCACUCUGCUCUCGCUAGCCUCGGCCGCCACCGGGCUCCUCGUGCCCGGUCCCAGCGGCCCGUACGCCGUCGGCUACAGCACGCUCGUCCUCACCGACGACAGCCGCCAGGACCCCUUUGCCCCCACGCCGCAGAAGCGCCGCGUGCCCGUGUCCGCUUACCUCCCGGUGGACAUUAGCAGCCGCGGCAGCAAGCCGUGCCCGCCGCGCACGCUCCCGUACAUGACGCCCGCCGUCGCCGCCUACUACGACCAGGGUGCCGCGCAGAUCGGCCUACCCAACGACACGUUUGCCAAGUACGCGGUGACGUACUGCGAUCUGGAAAAGCUGUGCGCCAAGAAACCGCGUGCCAGCUUCCCGCUCGUCCUCUUUGACACGGGCGUCGGUCCCCCGCGCAGCUUGUACGGCGUCAAGGCCCGGAACCUCGCCAGCCAGGGCUACAUUGUCGUGACUGUCGACCACCCCUAUGAUGCCGAAGUUGUCGAGUUUCCCGACGGCUCCGUUGUCAAAGCCACUGCGUUCAACGGCACCGAGGCCGAGAUCGAACACUUUCUCAAGGUUCGCGGCCAGGACCUCGUCUUCGUACUCUCCCAGCUGCAGCACAGCCGCGCCGUCCGCCGUUCCCUCCUCGCGCACUACCCGUCUGCCGUGGACUUUACCCGCGUCGCCUCCGUCGGCCACUCCCUGGGUGGCGUCGCCUCGGAGCUCGUCGCCAACAUGCCAGGCUCGCUCGUGCGCGGCGCCGUCAAUAUGGACGGCGGCAUCCGCGAACCCGUGCUCAGCUUUGGCGCCGACAAGCCGACGAUGCAGUUUGGCCGCGCCGGCCACGGCGACACGGACCCCUCGUGGGACGCCUUCUGGGCCCGCCUGCGCGGGCCGGCCGUCGAGCUGGCGCUCGCCAACGCGACGCACGGCACGUUUACCGACGCGCUGACGCUGGCGGCCCCGUUUCUCGCCGGGCUGCCGCCGCCAGUCGCCGAGGCGCUCAGGGGGGAGCUGGGUCACAUUGCGCCGGCGGACGCCGAGGCGUCCAUUGGAGGCGCACUGCUGGCGGCGCUCGAGUUUGUGUUUGAGGGCCGUAAGGAGGGCAUUGACAAGAUUCAUGAGCACUAUGAAAGCCUCGCUAUCGUGAGAAGCCAUCUCUAA